AAAAUAGAGGGGCGUAGCAAAUACCGCUUCACUUGCUCCCGCUCAACAACGCGGCAUAGUCUGUUUUGGCAGGGCUUUCAAGUAUAGACAAGGCCAAAUCAUUGUAGAAGAAUUUUAAAUGGAGGACGAUCUGUAUGGUGGAGAUCUUUAUGGGGACGCAGGAGGGGAGUAUGAAGGGGGCUACGGUGACGAUGUGCAGGCGGAGGGGCUGCAGGCAGCGGAGCUGCUGGGCGGUCAAAAGGCGGGCUCAGGCUUGCCGUCAAGAGACCUCUUUCACGACUUACCGCCCGCACAGCUUGACGAAGUCAAGGACACGAAACUAACAUCGAUGGGCAGCGGGCAGCAGCAGCAGCAGGCACAGCCAGCAACGGACCGGUGGCGGGUCGCAGUACGGGACAUAGCUGGCGUGCUGGGCCUCGCGGUCGGGAAUCGGGACCCGGACACGCACACAGUGCUGGAGAGCGUGCGGCGGCUGAAGGCGUCAGACACGAGCGCGCAGGAGGAGCUGCGCAAGCUGCGGCGGCGGGACGCGGCGUUGCAGAUGCAGCUGGCUGACCGCAGUCUGGAGGCGCUGGAGUUGCGGCGCGAGCUGGCCUCCGCCUCCGCCGCCGCCGAGCCCAGUGUGGUGCAGCUGAAGCAGCUGAUGCUGGACCCCGCGGUGGCCAGGGAGUUCGCCAGGCUCCGGGCGGAGCUGGAGGCGGCGCAGGCGGAGCUGGCCACGGCGCGGGAGGAGCUGACGGCGGUGACGUUCACGCAGGAGAGCAAGGUCGGGCGGCAGCUGAUGGCCAAGUGCCGCAGCCUGCAGGAGGAGAACGAGGAGAUGGGCCGCGAGCUGGCGGAGGGCAAGGCGCAGGCGGCGGAGGCGGCGGAGGCCCUGGCGCGGGCGCACGCGGACGACAUGCGGGCGGCCUACCGCGAGCUGGAGGACCACUGUCUGGUGAUGGAGGACGAGGCGGAGGAGCUGCAGCGGGAGGUGUUUGCGCUGCGGGCGCGCGUGUCGGAGCUUGAGCGCGACGCGGGGCUGCCGCCCAGCCUGCCUCUGGGGGCCGGCAUGGGCGGCGGCGGCAUGGGUGGGGGCGGCAUGGGCGGGGGCUUCCAUGGCGGGCGCGGGAGGUUCGACAUGGGCGGGGGCGGGGGCUUCCGGGGGCGGGGCCGGGGGCCACCCGGCAUGGGUGGGCCGUUCAAACGGCCGUUUGGGGACCGGGACGGGAUGGGCGGGCCGAUGGGCGGGCGCGGAGGCUUCAUCAAGCGGAUACGCUGAGAUGGACCUGUGCUGCAGAGGCGUGUGCCGUGUGUGGCGUGCUUGUGUGUAAAUGAGUUGGUGGGUGUUGUGUGUUUGUUGAUUGUGUCGGUUUCCGUGUCGGGCACGCACGGGGAAAGGGGAAAGCGUGCUGUGCUAUGAUGCGUGUUGACGCGUGUCUGUGUGUGCGUGCCUGUGUCGAUCCUGACGUGUGCUCGGACCAGCCGUGGGGUUGUUGGACAGGCCUGCCCCAUGCUCGGCGUUUGGGGAGGAUGACAUGGGGGAUGACGCGUGCAAACGCCGCCGGCCAAGGCAUGUUUGGCGUGUGACGCUACGCUUGCUCGGACACUGGGACGGAUGACAGACUCAAGUGACGGAGGCGGUAUGCGCGCGUUUGUGGCUUCACUUCGCUUGUUAAGGGGUGCUGUACUGCGGACGUACUUGACUGGGCUGUUGGUUGUUGCAAGUGCGGCUCGAUUCAGCAUAUGCAACACUGCCUCCGUUUGGGAAGCUGGAUUAGCUCGGGUUCCAUAGCUGUGGUGGGGGUUGUGUGGGCUGCAAGCUCUGGCGCAGAGGCCUCGGCGUGUGGCUGGCAACACAUGUAACGGUCGACU